UUUACUUAGUUUCCCCUCACUCCCUUAAGUUUAGACGAUGGAAUAAGUCUCAUUAAAACGGAUGGACAAAACUUGAAUUUUGGAAAACAGAUUAAAUAGGUCUAGAUCAGUGGCACAGUCUCAUUUCUGAGUAUUGUCAGCAUUCAGCCAGUGGGAUAAGAAGGCGUGUUUUUGUAUGUUCGCUGAUAACCUUCUCAAGAGAUCUGUUCCAAGUAUUAAGGAUACAUGUCAGUUUUUUGUUGCCUGCAUGUUUCUUGCCUGGGAGGAAAAUGGAUAAAUUGAAAGAGGACUUGUGAAAAAAAGCAUAAAAGGAAAAAGAAUUCUAGUCACAAUUCAGGUCAUUUCUGUAACCUUGACCCCCGUGAACUUCGACCUGGUGUGAGCAUGUUCAAGAUGGGAAAGAAAGGAGAGUCGGACUCACAUUCAGUGACUUCUAAAUCAUCAAAAAAUUCUGAAAAGAGGAAAAGUCGCAGAUUUUCCCUGCGCCAUAUUUUCUACCCUAACGUAAACGGUGGUAAGUCAAGGUCACGUGGCAGCCUUGACAUUGAGGCAAGGUCAGAGGUCAGCCUCACGACGACCUCAGACAGCAGUAAGGACAAUUCAGUUGCCCUCCAGGGGGCGACAGGUGGGGAGGUUAUCGAACCGUUCACCCUGGGAGAGACCCACGAGUGUCCUCUGUGUCUGGGCGAGCAGCCGAGGGAAAACUUCCCGGGAAUCAGUACUUGCCACCACAGGUCAUGUCGUGAUUGCUUAAGACAAUACUUGAGGAUAGAGAUCACAGAGAGCAGGGUGAACAUUGCCUGUCCCGAGUGCUCAGAGCGCUACCACCCCAAUGACAUUCGAGCCAUCCUGAACGAUGACUCCCUGAUGUGCAAAUAUGAACAGUUCAUGUUGAGACGCGUGCUGGUGAUGGAUUCUGACGCCAGGUGGUGCCCAGCACCAGACUGUAGUUACGCUGUGAUAGCAACAGGGUGCGCCAGCUGCCCCAAAUUGAAGUGCGAGCGUCCAGGGUGUUAUACCUCCUUCUGUUACCACUGCAAACAGUUCUGGCAUCCCAACCAGACAUGUGACGCCGCCAGGGCACAGAGAUCGCCACACUUAAUUAGGUCAUCCUCCGUCAGCUACAGCCAUGACUCCGCCUCGCACAAUGACAUCAAGCCAUGCCCCCGGUGCAGUGCCUUCAUCAUCAAGAUGGACGACGGAUCGUGCAAUCACAUGACGUGCGCAGUGUGCGGCGCAGAGUUCUGCUGGCUCUGUAUGAAGGAGAUAUCUGACCUUCACUACCUGAGUCCAUCUGGCUGCACAUUUUGGGGCAAGAAGCCGUGGAGCCGUAAGAAGAAGAUCCUGUGGCAGCUGGGGACAUUAGUGGGAGCACCUGUUGGGAUAGGGCUUGUGGCUGGGAUAGCCGUGCCCGCCAUGAUCAUAGGAAUACCUGUGUGGAUCGGGAGAAAGCUCCAUGCUAAAUACCAGCAUGCUCCUAAACACAAGAGGAAUUUGAUAAUGACAGGUGGGGUGUCUGCCUCCAUCAUUUUGUCACCUAUAUUGGCUGGUCUGGCAGUGGGCAUAGGCGUUCCAAUCCUGCUGGCCUAUGUGUAUGGGGUGGUCCCCAUCUCCCUAUGUCGCAGCGGUGGCUGUGGGGUGUCUACUACGGGGGACGGAGGGGUCCGCUUUGAGUUUGAUGAUGACCAGGAGGUGACUGUUGGUGUGUCUGGACCCUAUGCUGGAGACAGUCAGAGUGUAGACACAGGUCACCCUAGUCUUGCCAACCCCAGUAUAGGCCCCAGCAUUGGAGAGGCCUCUGUAGGGAUGACCAACAGUCUCAGUGCCAGUGGCAGUCACAUUGACAGGGCCGGGGUGAUCCGGGACGAGCAGGAGUGCGACCGCGACUCAUCCAGUAACCGUGCCCUGGCUGGCUCCGUGUUGCUGGACGGGAGUCUGUCGGGGAGCGCCGUGGCGGGACCCAGUGGAUUUUCCAACAGACUGGAGGUCCAUGUAGAUGUGUCGUCUAAUCACAGCUACCAGAAGCGCGCCAGUCUGAGCAGUGAGUCGGCCAACUUCAGUCUCAGCGACAAAUCCAACAUCUACAGCGACGAUGUCAGCACGAAAGCUCUGGCUGGGUCCAUUACUACCAUCAGGGACCGAGAUGGUAACCCAACCAUAGUGCCCCCUAUGGACGAAACUUCAGACCAUCAGCGUAAUCAUAGCAACAAUCAAACAACAGGCCGCAGUGCAAAUAGCCACGGAUCACCUCUGUCUGGAAGAAGCGUCAAGUUUUCAUCCUCCCAAAGCUCACCCACAUCUGGGCGAAGUGUCAAAUUUGUUGACGAGGAGGGACGCUACUUGGGCCGGGGUCGCAAAAUUCGGCGCCCUAACAGUGGGGAUCGGUACCACGACUGUACAGAGAAGCUCAGCAUUGGCAGUCUCGAUGUUGAAAAUGAGACUGGCCCUCGCGAUACAAUCUUCGAGAUUACCACCGACCACUCCAGCUUUUUUAAGAAAAUGAGCAGCGCACGUAGCAGCGGGACCUCAUAUGAGAGCGUGGAUUCUCAUGUGAGCACCCGAGGCACGAACAUAUGCCUGACAGAGGUGGAGAGCGAUCGCCCCGCAAGUCACUCCCCUCAACAGAAGAACAUUCCGUCACCACCAGAGGGCGCUUUAUGCAAUAUCGUAGAAGAGAAUCAUAGUCAAAGGUCACCAGAGAAAAGUGGGCGGCUUGGUAGUCAUAGAAGACGUAGUUGUGAACUGGCGCUGGAACAGGGCAGACUUUCUCCCGAUUCUUUUUUCUAGAAUCCUAAAUUCUGAGUGUUCAAAACACACAGGAAAACUGUUAUACAAGUAACUGUGGCAUGUCAAUCGCAAUCCAUUGAUAGAUAUCAAUUUGAAAGACUAUUUGUAUUAAGAAAAAUAUUUUAUUUUGACAAUUUGCUUGUUGUAUGGUUAACAGAUGUCUAUCAUAUCAUUUUGUGUAUUCAUAUCCAUUACUGGAAGCUCUCACUAACCAGAAAUGAUCCGUCAACUUUUAUAAACCACAGAGAAAUUGAUUUGUCAGGGUAAUAGAUAAAACUACUACUACAGAAAGCCAUAUGAACUUGUCUAAAGUGCUUGCUUGCUUAUAUUUAUCAGCUAAAACAAUUUGACUCCAUCCCUCAAUUAUUAAAUUAACUUGGCUCUAUUCUGAUGGUACAUUUGCCAUUAUUGCAGUUUGGAUAUACGUAGUGACUAAUUUCAAGUUGGUUCUCUUAAUUUUUCCCCGAGAAUUACUUAGAAUUGCAUGUUUUUUUUUUUUUUUUCAUAUAUAUAUAUCAAAUGAUGAAACAGCUUUUUGUCUUGUAUAAUUUUUGUGAGUUGACUUAUAAUGUGCAAUGUUUUUACUGUUGGUGCAUUUUUCUUUUUAGUUUUGAUAUUCAGUCAGUAUUACUCUUUGAUUAUCUUUUCAGUUCUUUUAUCAUUUUUUUUUUUUAUCAUUUGGAUGUUGGGUGGAAAUUUUAAGAGGAACAUUUGUUAACUGAUCAUCACGAGCUGAAAUGAAAAGGGAAUGCUUUCAAAUUGUUAAUGCAUUAAUUUACCAUAUAUUUUGUAUGCAUGGUCAUUUAGUUGCUUCAACUGCAAACCUGUCUUUACUGGACAUGGUAUAUUUUAUAUAGCCCCAACACUUACAGUAUCCAACUUUUUGAACCAUCACUGGUGAUCCCUUAUAUCAAAUGUGUAACAUCAUUACCAUUUCUUUUAAUAAUAAAACAGUAAAUACUGGCAUCUUUGAUUUUUACGUUAAGAUUUAUAUUACCUCAUCUGCAGAUAUUAGUUUCAAGGUGUAGAUCUUGACGGGGAAACGAUAGUAUAUGAAAUUAAGUAUCAAUAACCCUCCAAAACAUACAGAUUGCUCAAUAUUAGAAACAAUAAAACUUCAGUGCAGUGAACCUUACGAGUCUUCAUAUUGUCCUUAUUUUAUAAAGUAUGAGGACAUGAAUUCUAUUAAAAUUGGCAGAAAAAUUAAGUUUUUCUAAUAUGUAUUUAGGCAUUAUUUUUCAGUGUUAUUACACUUUUAUACAGCCACUAUAAUAAUAUAGUACUACUUUAUAUCAUAUUAUUUUCAUGGAAGAAGUAGGAGAAGAUCGAGGUCAUUUGUUUUGACAAACAUCUGGUUAAUGUCUGGGGCCAUAAUCAAUCCUCUUCAGUUUUGUCAACGUUUUGAUUUUCAUUAAAAACUUGAAGCUGACAAUUAUCAAUGUUAUAUUGUACUGAAUAUAUUUCGAAAAUAAAAACAAUUUUGUUUAUUGAA